AUGGCCCCGGCUCCUUUCUCUUGCACGGUGCAUCCUUUCGAUUCCCGAACCUCUCACUCUAGCGCUUAUGAGAUCGGCCCAUCUGGAGCAUCAAACGCCCUUCUCUUCAUAGGAGGCCUCGCAGAUGGACCUCAUACUGUUGGCUACACCAAGGCCAUAGCCAAGCAUCUUGAGACAGCGGCACAAGACUGGUCUGUGUUUGAGAUUCGGAUGAGGAGCUCCUUUUCUGGCUACGGCUUUUCGAGCUUGAAGAACGAUGUUGAGGAUAUCUCGGCGCUGGUGAGGUAUCUCCGAGGUAUCGGAAAGAAAAAGAUUGUCCUUAUGGGCCACUCAACUGGAUGCCAGGACUGUAUGGAGUAUACCAAGCACAAGGAGGACCCUGUCGAUGGCUUCAUCAUGCAAGGUCCUGCAUCUGACCGGGAGUCUAUUGAAGACUUUGUCAAACCUGACUGGUUGAAGAAGAGCCUAGGGCACGCAGAGGGGCUGAUUUCCGCUGGAAAGGAGGCCGAAGCGAUGCCUAAAGAUCUAGUACCAAGCUUUUUCUCGACACCUAUGACGGCCUACCGUUGGCACUCUCUGGCGGCUAAGGGGGGUGACGAUGAUUACUUCUCCUCCGACCUCAAAGAGUCGUUCGUCUCCGAGGUCUGGAAUCGUUUCCAGCAGCCCGUCAUGGUGCUACACUCUGCAGGGGAUGAGUUCGUGCCAGCCAAAAUCGAUAAGCAAGCUUUGAUCGACCUGUGGAAGAAGACAAACUCCAAUGUCCACGAGCUAUCUGGGUUAAUUCCCGGAGCAAGCCACACUGUGAAGAACCCGGAAUCCCAGCAGUGGCUUGCAGAACGUGUGGCUCAGUUCAUCCAGCAACUCGGUCGGAAGCUUCCAAAGUGCCUUAUCUUCGUUCGGAUCAACUCGUACACAACAUACUGUCGACCCUUUGAACUUGAUACCCGCACCGACAUCUCCCUUUCACCAACACCUUUACUUUCAUCCACAAUGUGCUUCGGAGUCACCUGCUCGACUUGCUCAAAGGCAACCUGGCGCGGCUGCGGCCAACACAUCCCGUCGGCGCUGAGCAGCGUCCCCGAGGAACAGUGGUGCACCUGCACGCCCAAGGUCACCGUCAACGGCAAGGAGUAUCCCCCGGCAGGCACUGUGUCGAUUCCCGGUAUGUCUUGGUUGACCGGCUUGUUUGGGGGCAAUUCGAAUGACAAGUCGAAGCAGGGCACUAAGGGAGAGCUGUGA